AUGUUUAAUUUAAAAUUCGACUUGAGCAAGCUCAAGGUAAAUGUUAAACUCGUUAGUGAUUUGUUAUUGCUAACUGGAGCUAGUUUAUCUGUGUACUAUUUGUUAAAUGCCAUAAUAAAUGAAUAUUUGGACAAGAGCAUCAAGAAUAAAGAAUCCGACAAGAAGGGCAAAGGAAUAUUAAAAAAGAUACAAAACAGCAAUCCACAUUUAAAGAAUAUUUCACUCAAUCAGUAUGAGAAAACGUUGUUGAGCUCACUCGUGACACCAGACGAAAUCUCUGUUUCAUUUGAAGAUAUUGGUGGGUUACAAGACACCAUUGACGAGUUGAGAGAAGCAGUGAUGUUACCUUUAACCGAUCCUGAACUAUUUGCAGUCCAUCUGAAUUUGAUCAAGUCUCCUAAAGGUGUACUUUUUUAUGGUCCGCCAGGAUGUGGGAAGACUAUGCUUGCCAAGGCAAUUGCAAAGGAAAGUGGCGCAUUCUUUUUAUCGAUUAGAAUGUCAACUGUGAUGGACAAAUGGUAUGGAGAGUCAAAUAAAAUAGUGGAUGCAAUCUUUUCAUUAGCUAAUAAGUUGCAACCAUGUAUUAUUUUCAUUGACGAGAUAGAUUCAUUUUUAAGGGAUAGGUCGUCGAGUGAUCAUGAAGUUAGUGCAAUGUUGAAAGCCGAGUUUAUGACCCUAUGGGAUGGUUUAAAAUCCAAUGGACAGAUAAUGGUCUUGGGAGCAACCAAUAGGAAAACUGAUAUUGAUGAAGCGUUUUUAAGGAGAAUGCCAAAGACAUUUGCUAUAGGUAAGCCAGAUGCCUCACAAAGACGAUCUAUUUUGGCAAAAAUAUUGAAAGACGCUAAAGUCGAUGAGCAAGAGUUCAAUUUGGAGCUGAUAGUAGAGAGGACCAGAGGAUAUAGUGGGUCCGAUUUAAGGGAGUUGUGCAGAGAGGCAGCUUUGUUACCAGUACGAGAAUAUAUCAAAGAAAAUUACAAUUACAAAAGUGGCAAAUUGAGUCGAGAUGAGAAUGAUAAUUUACCUGUCAGAGCGUUGAAAACGUCUGAUUUUUAUAGAAUUAUAUCCACACCAGCAACGGGGACCAUACCAAGUUUGGCACUUGACUAG